AUGGCCCCACUCAGCCUCUCUCAGCUGCUGGACGUCGCCAUCGGGACCCCCGAGGCCGGGGCCGUCAACUUCACGGCGCUGCACAGCCUGCUGCAGGCCAUGCUGGGGCACCUGGGCCUGCAGGACCUACCUGCCCAGGAGCAGGGGCACAGCCUGACCCCCCUCCGGGCAGGGGACCAGCCUGCCAAAGCCCUCCCCGGCCUGGAGAGGAAGGGGGACAGGGCCCAAAGCAUGGAGCAGCAGCCCCGGGAGCCGAAGGAGCAGCUGCCAGGGAAGGACCCGCUGCAGGGGACCGCGAGCAGCUCCCAGGUCGCCUCUGUGGCUGCUGACGUGGGGCAGAUGAAGAAGAAGAUUGAAGCGAAUGAGAGUGGCAUCUCCAAGGCCAUGGCUGUCUCCCAGGAUCUCCUCGAGGAGAUCGGUGGGAUGAAGGAGACGCAGUCCCGCAUGGGAGAGGACAUCCGGACAAUCCAGGAGAUGCUUGGCUUGGGGAACCUCCAGGAUGCUGCUGGCCAGCUGCCGGGCCUCCGCGACCAGACAGCAUUGGACAGUGAUGUGAAAAUGCUGAAGGAAAGGCUGAGCCUCUACCCGGCCCCGGAGGAGGAGGGCAGUGGGGGCCAGCCUGCCCCCGCCGAGCCCCCCACUUCAGAUGUGGACACCCUGCAUGGGGCAAGCUCAGCGCUGGGGCCGAAGGGACCAGGGACACAGCCUGCACCCAGGACCAGCCAGGAGACUCCAGGGACACGGCCUGGCUCCCUGGGAACGCAAGCAGGGAUGCAGAGAGCACCAGUGACCCCUGAGAAGUGGGCAGGUGCUCCCACAGAUCGGAUGGGGACUUCUGAUGCCAGCACCACCACCCCAGGGAUGCAGCCAGGGGCCCCUGGCACCCAGACCACCACCCCAGGGAUGCAGCCAGGGGCCCCUGGCACCCCGACCACCACCCCAGGGACGCAGCCAGGGGCCCCUGGCACCCCGACCACCACCCCAGGGACGCAGCCAGGGGCCCCUGGCACCCCGACCACCACCCCAGGGACGCAGCCAGGGGCCCCUGGCACCCCGACCACCACCCCAGGGACGCAGCCAGGGGCCCCUGGCACCCCGACCACCACCCCAGGGACGCAGCCAGGGGCCCCUGGCACCCCGACCACCACCCCAGGGACGCAGCCAGGGGCCCCUGGCACCCCGACCACCACCCCAGGGACGCAGCCAGGGGCCCCUGGCACCCCGACCACCACCCCAGGGACGCAGCCAGGGGCCCCUGGCACCCCGACCACCACCCCAGGGACGCAGCCAGCACCUCCGAGGACACAAGGAGGAGGAGCAGGGGUUCAGCCAAGCCUCCCCUGCAUGGAGCCCAGCCUUUCUGGUGCUGCAAAAGUGCCCACUGAAGCCACUCCCAGUGCUCCGGGGACGCAGCUGGAUGCCACACACCCCAAGGAGGGAGGCAAGGCUUUGCCCAGCACACAGCUUGCCCGGGCAGGCCACCCAGCAGCGGGGACCCUCUCACUGGCAGCCCGGGGGUUUGAUAUUCCCCUCAAUGCUGAUCCCAGGGCCACAACACCUUCACAAGAGCUGGCGGUGACCUGGGGGUCCUCGGACUCCAGCAGUGCCGCCAGCCGCUAUGCAGAGACAGUGGAGGCUCUCCGCCAGAUUGGCCAGCUUGGCAGCCUCUACACCGCCCUGAAGGAGCAGGUGGCCCAGCUGGAAGCCACCAAGUCAGACCACACCGAGCUUGAGAAGCUGCGCCAGCUCUUCCCAGAGGGAGACCAGGAGAGCAACGCCAGCGUCCUGGCUGACCUCCAGAGCCAGGUCUCCUCCCUGCAGGGCCUGGCCAGUGACCUGCAGGGUGAGAAGGAGAAGAUCAGGCAGCUGGAGGAUGCCCUUGGAAAGCUGGGGGUGGCUGGAGCCAACUGGGAAGUGGAUGGCAGUGCCCAGACCAUCCUGCAGCUGGGGUCCACGCUGCAGGAGAUAAAACGGGAGCUGAAGGAGCUGGGAGAGCAGCAGGAGACGACCAAGGCCAUGCUGGAGCAGUUGGUGACCAAGACGGCUGACCAGCUGCAGGAGCAGCUGGAGGAGCUGAGGGCGAUGGUGGAAAGCGCGGGGCAGGAACAGGCAGAGGGGCAGGCAGCGUGCCCCAUCUGCAGCACAGACACCAGCAUGCAGGUGGGGCAGCUCCUCCAGCGCUACGAGAAGCUCCAGGAGCUGGUAGACUCCUUCAUGUCACGGCAGGCAGUGGGCAAGGUGGUGAGGCAGCUGCCGGGGAGGAGCCAGCAGGAUGAGGAGCUGCUGAAGCGCAUCCAGGCCACUGUUGUGCAGGUGCAAGGGGACUAUGAGAAGCUCAGCUCUGUCACGGGGAACCUCCUGGAUGACCGUCACCAGAAGCAGAAAGAUAUUGAGGCUCUGUUCCAGUCCCUGGAGAGGCUGAAGAAGGAGAAAGCAGACAAGGAGGACCUGGUGCUGGGAAUCGAUGUGAAAGCAGACAAAACCGCCCUGGCCGGCAAAGUCAGUCGCACCCAGUUUGAUGCAAGCAUGGAGCGGCUGAAUGAGAUGAUCCAGGAGAUGCUGAGCCGGGUGAAGGGCCAGGAGCAGGGCUGGCACCAGGUCCAGCGACAGCUCAGUGAAGAGAUGGGCUCCAAGCUGGACCGCCUGGAGCUGGGGCCUUUCCGGCAGCAGCUGGAGGAGCACUGGAAGAGAAUCCUGGAGCAGCUCAAGGAGAAGGUGCCGCAGACAGAGGCUGAUGAUGCGGCUGGAAUUAGGAAGCAGCUGCUGGCCCAUUUCCACUGCCUGUCCUGUGACCGGCCCCUCAGCAUGCUGGUGCCUGGCCCGCACAUCGUGGCCAUCCCGUCUAUGCCGCCGCUGCCCCCCCACCUCACCGGGCACCCCCAUACUGUCCUCGAUCUGGAGCAAACACAGCAGCACAGCCACAGGUAG